CCCUUGUUAAUGUACGAUGUGUUUUCUCUGGCCAGGCCGCUGUGGGUGAAGGAGAGGACAGGCUUCAGCGCGCGCAGCUCAGUGAUUGGUCACUCCGCUCACUGGACUCUGCGUCCGCGUUGCCACAGCAACACACUCAACAACAACAACUCCGGCUGGAAGUUCCUCGGGUUUGGACAGCAGUUCGAGCUCACCGACCGUGUGAUCAGAACGGAUACCUGUUCAUAUUCCGAUAUGCAGGAAAAGUCUACACUACUUUAGGAACGCAUAAACUCAGAUAUGGAUCAAAGCGCACAACCGAAGAAUCCCCUGCCGCGAGGAGAGCGAGAUCGCGCGGCGCAGCUGAACCGGAACGUGGGGAAGAAGCAGGCGGCGCCUUCCGGAGAGAAGAUCAUCAGAGAGAAGCAGGUGGGUGGAGCCAAAGAUCAGCAAAAACUGAAGGAAGAGCGUGAGACGAAACGAGCGCAGCUGGAUGGCAGACAUGACUACGUGCUCAGUAUUGUGGCUUCCUGCACAGGACUUGAGAAAGCUGAAGUGGAAGAAUCCAUUUUGGAAGGCAAUCAGAUUGAGAGGAUGGAGCAGUUCUUUGCCAUUGACGGCCUUCGGCAUCUCAUGUUUUACUUUCAAGAGAUGGAGCCAGUAGAGUCAGCUGUUGCAUCCACUGUGAUCCGCAGCAAGAAAAUGAGAGUGUUCGUGACGGAGGGCACUGACGUCACUUUGACUGGCAUGUGCGUGUUCUUCACUCGGGCGAGCAACUCCAAGGCUGUCACGGCAGAGAACAUCCACAGAGAUGUGAACUUCAACAUGAUGGACACCACAGGGGUUGGUCUGCUGAAGAGCACGGAGCAGCUGCUGUCCGAAGUCUUCAUCCCCACUUUGAGGAACAUGAACCAUGGCUGGGGAGAGUUGGCCAGCCCUCAGGCUCAAACCGUCAAACAAGACUUCAUCAGCUCUCUGGAGAGCUUUGUUUCUGUGCUAGCUGGGGCACAGGAGAGCCUGGAGGAGAAGGUGAACCUCAAAGAAUGUGACACUUUUGAUCUGAAAACAUUAAAAAGCCCCUCAGACUACACAGCCGUGGCCAACAGCCCUGAAGCUCUGGAGAAGAUUGAAGCCUACAUGAGGGUGUGGAUUAAGCAGAUUGAACAAGUCCUGGCAGAGAGUGAUCAGCUGAGGAAGGAGGGUGAUGAUCUUGGUCCCAGAGCAGAGCUGGAUCACUGGAAGAAGCGCAUGUCUCGCUUUAACUACCUGCUGGACCAGCUUAAGAGCCCAGACGUCAAAUCUGUGCUGGGGGUCCUCCUGAUGGCCAAGUCUAAACUCAUCAAGACCUGGAGAGAGCUAGACAUCAGGAUUACGGAUUCUGCCAAUGAGGCCAAGGACAAUGUGAAGUACCUUUAUACACUGGAGAGGUUCUUCGACCCCCUCUACAACAGCAACCCUGUGUCAAUGGUGGAGGCUAUUCCGGGACUCAUAAACGCCAUCCGCAUGAUCCACAGCAUCUCCCGUUACUACAACACCUCUGAGAAGAUCACCUCCCUUUUUGUGAAAGUCACCAAUCAAAUGAUAACAGCCUGCAAGGCCUACAUCACCAACAAUGGCUCAGCAACAAUAUGGGACCAGCCUCAGGAUGUGGUAGCCGAGAAAAUCAGAGCUGCUAUUCGUUUAAAUGAGGAAUACCAAAAAUGUUUUCACAAAACCAAGCAGAAGUUGGAGCAGAGUCCAUCCGAGCGACAGUUUGACUUCAGCGAGAUGUACAUAUUUGGCAAGUUUGACACUUUCCAGAGGCGCCUUAACAAGAUCCUCACCAUGUUCAGCACCAUCAGCACCUACUCCGCCCUGCAGGACUCCAAAAUCGAGGGUCUGGAAACCAUGGCAACCAGGCUUCAGACUGCAGAAAUGCAAGGGAAAUGGGAGAACAUUGUGGUGACUAUGAAAAAGAAGCCGUAUAGUUUCCUGGACCAGAGAAGGACCGACUUUGAUCAGGACUAUGAAGAGUUCUGUAAGCAGACAACUGAACUGCAUAAUCAACUCAAGACCUUCAUGGACAACACAUUCGACAAAAUUCAGAGCACAGAGAGAGCCUUAAAUGUUCUGAGGAAAUUUGAAAGGCUUUCCAUCCCAGAUCUGGGCAUUGAAGAGAAAUACCAGAAGGCCUUUCAGAACUACAGCCGCGACAUUGAAAUGGUCUCACGUAUCUACACCAAGCAGAAGAUGGAGCCGCCCAUUGGCCGUAACCUCCCUCCAGUGGCGGGAAAGAUUCUGUGGUCCCGGCAGCUCUACCUGCGAAUCGAGGAGCCCAUGAAGCUCUUUCAGCAGCAUCCUAAUGUUCUGGCUACUCCUGAAGCCAAGCGCAUCAUACGCAACUAUAACCGUGUGGCCAAGACGCUGGUGGAGUAUGAAGUCAUUUACCACAGAGGCUGGAUGUCACAGAUGGAGCUGGUGAGAAUAGGCCUGCAGGCGUCUCUCCUGGUUAGAUGUCCGGACACCAGGGAGUUGUACGUCAACUUUGAUCCUCAGAUCCUGACUCAAAUCCGGGAGACGGACUGCAUAAGCCGGAUGGGUCUGGAGAUCCCACCCUUUGCCGCUGUGUUACGACAGAAGCAGAACGUCCUCAAAACUCAUUACAACAAUCUCCAGAUGAUGUUGGCGGAGAACUCCAGAGUGAGGAUGAAGAUUCAGCCUGCGUUUGAGCAGAUGCUCACCCCGCAUGUAGCCAAAGUAGAUGAGGCUAUUCUGCCAGGCCUGACCUCUCUCAACUGGUCUUCCCUGAACAUUGAUAAAUUUCUCAGCCGUGUCACAGCUGCGCUCGAGGAACUGGAGCUGCUCCUGGUCCGGGCCAAUGACCUGGUGCAGUUCAGGAUCGAUGAUGUCCUGCAGGAGAUGAGCGCUGCCACGCUGUGUGUACUGCCUGAGGACGACCCUGUCACAUGUGAAGAGUUUGUGCAGACAACCAAGGAGCUGUGCAUUAAAGGCGCUCAGCUGCUGCACAUGAAGAGUUCACUGGUGGAAGAGGCGGCUAACGAGCUGAUCAACAUGCUGCUGGAGUUUGAGCAGAAGCAGGUGGAGGAAGAAAAAGCUCCUCCUGAAGAGAACAGAACCGAGAGCAAAGUGGAACCCACCGAGAGUGACAGAGAGGAGGACAGCAGAUCAGAGGGCCGAGUGUUUUCCCGUAACACCACUGUGACCAGCAUGGGGCCUUCGUCUCCUAUGGCAAGGAGGAAGAGGAAGAGACACAUGAUGGAGGUGAUGGAGGAAGAGGCUCAGGAUCUGCUGUCCCAUUUUAACCAUCGUAACGUGGACGCUCUGCUGCGUCUGACCCGCAACACACUGGAGACGCUCCGCAAGCGCAUCCACACCUCCUCACUCAUGCAGUUCCUGACUGAAGCUGAUUCUCCCAGCCGACAGAAGAUCAACAGUCAGCCGCCCAUCUUCAGAGCUGGAGUGUGUCUGGCCAUCCCAAGCAUCCUCAUGGUUCCGGGACUGGACGAGGUCCAGCAGGCGCUGAAUAAAGCUGUGGAGUAUGUGGUCAGCGUCAACAAGGGGGUUGGCCAGUGGAGCAAGGAGAGAAUAUCUGAGAGGAAGAUGAGUGAGAGGCGCAUGGCGGCACUGAGGCAGGACAGCAGAGACAGUGAAUCCGAAGACGGUGAUACAACGUACCGCAGCAUCGCUGAUGGCAGUACUUCAGACAUCUCAGUCUCUGCCCAUCAGGUCCUUCCUUUCCAAGCUAAGAACUACUACAAAAGUGUCUCUGAGAACAAGGAGAUCGUCAAGCUGGUGUCUGUGCUCAGCACCUCCAUCAACUCCUCUAAGAAGGAGAUGAAAAAUGCACUGGAACGCUUCAGUCGAUACCACCACAUUUGGAGGAAGGACAGAGAAAGCACCAUCCAAGAGUUCAGCCAGGGUAACCCUUUGCUGGCUGAGUUUGAGAGUCAGAUCUUGUACUACAAGGACCUGGAGCUAGAGAUCAAUGCUGAACCUGAGUUCAUCACUGUCGGUGCACUGGCACUUUACACAGCGGAUCUGAAGCUGGCCCUCACUGCUGAGACCAAGGGCUGGAUGUUGGACUUUGGCCACCACUGCAAAAGAAAGUACCGCACAGAGAUGGAACAGGUCUUCACGUUCGUGGACGAAGCAAGCAAGAAGCUCAACCGGCCAAUUAAAGACCUGGACGACAUUCGUAUUGCCAUGGCAGCUCUCAAAGAGAUCAGGGAGCAUCAGAUCACCAUAGACUUCCAAGUGGGACCUAUAGAGGAGUCCUAUGCCAUGCUGAAUAAGUAUGAGCUGUCAGUAGCGAAGGAGGAGAUGGAGAAAGUGGACACACUGCGCUACACUUGGGAGAAGCUGCUAGCCCGUAGCUCAGAGGUGCAGAACGAGCUCGUCUCUUUGCAGCCCAACUUCAGAGGAGAGCUCAUUAGCAAUGUGCAGACAUUCGUGGAGGACUGCGACCACUUCUACCAGGAGUAUGAUAAGGACGGUCCCAUGGUGAUGGGCUUGGCUCCUCAGGAUGCCAGUGACAGGCUCAUUAUGUUUCAGAACCGCUUUGAUAACCUCUACCGCAAAUUCGUCACCUUCACCGGGGGCGAGGAGCUGUUCGGCCUGCCGGUUACCCAGCAUCCUCAGCUGCUGGAGAUCAGGAAACAGCUGACCCUGCUCCAGAAGCUCUACGGCCUCUACAACAACGUCAUCGAAACCGUCAACGGCUACUAUGACGUCCUCUGGGCUGAUGUUCACAUCGAGAGGAUCAACAAUGAACUCCUAGACUUCCAGACGAGAUGCCGCAAGCUUCCCCGAGCCCUGAAAGAGUGGCAGGCCUUUUUGGACCUAAAAAAGACCAUUGAUGACUUCAGCGAGUGCUGCCCCCUGCUGGAGCUGAUGGCCAACCGGGCCAUGAUGACCCGUCACUGGAAAAGGAUAACAGAGGUCACGGGUCAUACCUUUGAAGUGGAGACAGACACCUUCAAGCUCCGCAACAUAAUGGAGGCUCCACUACUCAAGUACAAAGAGGAAAUUGAGGAUAUCUGUAUCAGUGCUGUGAAAGAACGAGACAUUGAACAGAAACUAAAGCAAGUAAUCGCAGAGUGGGACAAUAAGACUUUCACCUUCGCUCAAUUCAAAACCCGCGGGGAACUGCUGCUGCGUGGAGACAGCACCUCUGAAAUCAUCAGCAACAUGGAAGACAGCCUCAUGGUGCUGGGCUCUCUUAUGAGCAACAGGUACAACACUCCUUUCAAAGCUCAGAUCCAAAAGUGGGUCCAAAACCUGUCCAACACCACAGACAUUAUUGAGAACUGGAUGACGGUACAGAACCUCUGGAUCUACCUGGAGGCCGUAUUUGUAGGUGGAGACAUAGCUAAACAGCUUCCCAAGGAAGCCAAGCGCUUUUCAAACAUUGAUAAGUCCUGGGUGAAGAUCAUGACUCGAGCCCACGAGAUGCCUAACGUCGUUCAGUCCUGCGUGGGGGAUGAAACCAUGGGCCAGCUUCUGCCUCAUCUCCUCGAUCAGCUUGAGAUCUGCCAGAAAUCUCUCACUGGGUACCUGGAGAAGAAGCGUCUUCUGUUCCCACGUUUUUUCUUCGUGUCAGACCCAGCUCUGUUGGAGAUUCUUGGCCAGGCAUCUGACUCUCACACCAUCCAGGCUCACCUGCUCAAUGUCUUUGACAACAUCAAAAGUGUGGUCUUUCACGACAAGAUAUAUGACCGGAUCCUGGCCAUCUCAUCUCGAGAGGGAGAAACCGUGGAGCUGGAAAGGCCAGUCACAGCUGAGGGCAAUGUGGAGGUGUGGCUCAACGCCCUCCUAAAGGAAUCUCAGAGGUCCUUGCACCUUCUCAUUCGUCAAGCAGCCAUGGCUAUCCAAGAUUCCGGCUUCCAGCUCAUCGACUUCAUAAACUCCUCCCCUGCUCAGGUGGGUUUGCUGGGAAUACAGAUGAUUUGGACGAAAGAUUCUGAGGAGGCCUUGACUAACGCGCGAUUCGAUCGCAAGAUCAUGACCAAGACCAAACAGUCUUUCCUGGAGCUUCUCAAUACUCUCAUUGACAUGACCACAAAGGACUUGGGGACAAUGGAACGGACCAAAUAUGAAACCUUAAUUACCAUUCAUGUGCAUCAGAAGGACAUAUUUGAUGAUCUGUGUCAUCUGAACAUCAGAAGUCCCAGUGAUUUUGAAUGGCUGAAACAGUGUCGCUUCUACUUCAUUGAGGACCUGGACAGGAUGAUGAUCAACAUCACGGAUGUUGGCUUCAAAUAUCAGAACGAGUUUCUUGGCUGCACCGACAGACUGGUCAUCACUCCACUCACAGACAGGUGCUACAUUACUUUGGCGCAGGCGUUAGGGAUGAGUAUGGGGGGAGCCCCAGCCGGUCCAGCUGGAACAGGCAAGACAGAGACCACAAAAGACAUGGGCCGCUGUCUGGGAAAGUAUGUGGUGGUCUUCAAUUGUUCUGACCAGAUGGAUUUCAGAGGCCUGGGGAGAAUAUAUAAAGGCCUCGCUCAGUCUGGCUCUUGGGGCUGCUUCGACGAGUUCAACCGCAUAGAUCUGUCCGUGCUGUCUGUGGCCGCCCAGCAGAUCGCCGUUGUCCUCACCGGCAAGAAGGAGCGGAAGAAAACGUUUACCUUCACAGACGGAGACAUAGUGGAGAUGAACCCCGAGUUUGGCAUCUUUCUUACCAUGAACCCUGGUUACGCCGGCCGUCAGGAACUCCCAGAAAACCUGAAGAUUAACUUCCGCACUGUCGCCAUGAUGGUUCCUGACCGGCAAAUCAUCAUCCGUGUAAAACUAGCCAGCUGUGGCUUUAUUGACAACGUGGAGCUGGCCAGAAAGUUCUUCACCCUGUACAAACUCUGUGAGGAGCAGCUCUCCAAACAGGUCCACUACGACUUUGGCCUGAGGAACAUCUUGUCAGUCCUGCGCACACUGGGUGCUGCCAAACGAUCAAAUCCAACUGACACAGAGUCUACCAUCGUCAUGAGGGUGCUGCGGGAUAUGAACCUGUCCAAACUCAUUGAUGAGGAUGAGCCACUGUUUCUGAGCUUGAUCGAGGAUCUCUUCCCCGGAAUCCAGCUGGACAAGGCAGGAUAUCCUGAACUGGAGGCAGCCAUCGAUAAACAGGUUACAGAAGCCGGUCUUAUUAAUCAUCCUCCAUGGAGGCUGAAGAUAAUCCAGCUGUUUGAGACUCAGAGAGUGCGUCAUGGAAUGAUGGCACUAGGACCCAGCGGAGCGGGCAAAUCCACCUGCAUCCACACACUGAUGAAGGCCAUGACAGACUGUGGUCAGCCUCACCGAGAGAUGCGAAUGAAUCCCAAAGCCAUUACUGCCCCCCAGAUGUUUGGCAGGCUCGAUGUUGCAACAAAUGACUGGACCGAUGGUAUUUUCUCCACACUUUGGAGAAAAACCCUUAGAGCCAAGAAAGGUGAGCACAUUUGGAUCGUUCUGGAUGGGCCAGUUGAUGCCAUCUGGAUUGAGAAUCUGAACUCGGUGCUGGAUGAUAACCGCACGCUGACGCUGGCCAAUGGUGAUCGGAUUCCCAUGGCUCCUAACUGCAAGAUCGUCUUUGAGCCGCACAACAUUGACAACGCCUCCCCUGCUACCGUCUCCCGCAACGGCAUGGUCUUCAUGAGUUCUUCUGUGCUUAACUGGAGUCCAAUUCUGGAGGGCUGGCUGAUGAAGCGUUCUGCACAGGAGUCUGAGGUGCUGCGUCAUCUUUUCUCCAGCUCGUUCCCUACGCUCUACCAAUUCAGCAUCCAGUCUCUGGACUUCAAGAUGGACAUGCUGGAGGCCUUCGUCAUCAUGCAGUGCAUCAACAUGCUGCAAGGCCUCAUCCAGCCCAAGGACCAGGGUGGGGAGCUGUCUCGGGAGCACAUGGAGCGCCUGUACGUCUUCGCCCUCAUGUGGAGCAUUGGAGCCCUGCUGGAGCAGGACGAUCGAAAGAAGAUGGAACACUGGCUCCGUCACCAUGACAGCAUCCAUUUGGACCUUCCGUACAUCCCUCCCGACAGCCAGGACACCAUGUUCGACUACCACGUCACCAACGACGGUCAGUGGGUCCACUGGAACCUUCGUGUGGAGGAGUACAUCUACCCAAAGGAUAUCACACCGGAGUACAGCUCGAUACUGGUGCCCAACGUGGACAACGUCCGCACUGACUUCCUCAUCCAGACCAUUGCCAAACAGGGCAAGGCUGUGCUCUUGAUUGGUGAGCAAGGCACUGCUAAAACAGUCAUCAUCAAAGGCUACCUGUCCAAAUCCAACCCGGAGUCCCACACUGCCAAGAGCCUCAACUUUUCCUCAGCCACAACACCGCUCAUGUUCCAGCGCUCUGUGGAGAGCUACGUGGACAAGCGGAUGGGAACGACAUAUGGGCCCCCAGCAGGGAAGAAGAUGUCUAUCUUUAUUGAUGACAUCAACAUGCCUGUCAUCAACGAGUGGGGAGACCAGGUCACGAAUGAGAUUGUACGCCAGCUAAUGGAGCAGAAGGGCUUCUUUAACCUGGAGAAACCAGGCGAGUUCACUAACAUCGUGGACAUCCAGUUCCUGGCAGCUAUGAUCCACCCAGGAGGAGGGCGGAAUGACAUUCCACAGAGACUGAAGAGACAGUUCUCAAUCUUCAACUGCACUCUGCCAUCCAAUGCCUCCAUAGACAAGAUCUUCGGAGUAAUAGGUACAGGUCACUACUGCUCGCAGCGCGGCUUUGAGGAGGACGUGAGAAAGGUAGUGUCCCGGCUGGUCCCUCUGACACGCCGGCUCUGGCAGAUGACCAAGGUCAAGAUGCUGCCCACACCAGCCAACUUCCAUUACAUCUUCAACCUGCGUGACCUCUCCCGCAUCUGGCAGGGAAUGCUCAAUGUGAAUGCUGAUGUGAUCCACACACCCAAAGUUCUGCUGUGUCUGUGGAAGCAUGAGUGUAAGCGAGUGAUUGCUGACCGCUUCACGAGCCCAGAAGACGUGGCAUGGUUUGACUCCAUGCUGGCCAACCUGGUGGAGGAGGAGCUGGGCGAGGAGUACAGGGAUGUGGUGAAGCCAGAAGUCGAUGCCUACUUUGUAGACUUUCUCCAGGACGCACCUGAGGCCACAGGAGAGGAGCCAGAAAAUGCUGACUUUGACAUGCCCAAAGUGUAUGAACCAAUCGCCUCGUUUCCCAGUCUGAGGGAUAGACUGAACAUGUUUUUGGGACUCUACAACGAAAGCAUCCGGGGAGCUGGCAUGGACUUGGUCUUCUUCACUGAUGCCAUGAUCCACCUGGUCAAGAUUUCUCGUAUAAUCCGGACUCCUCGUGGAAAUGCUCUGCUGGUUGGCGUUGGGGGUUCAGGCAAACAGAGUUUGACGAGACUGGCAUCUUUCAUCGCCGGAUACGGAAUCUUCCAGAUCACUCUGACACGUUCAUACAACACCGCUAACCUGAUGGAGGACCUGAAGAACUUGUACAGGACAGCUGGACAGCAGGGCAAAGGCAUAAGCUUCAUCAUCACUGACAACGAGAUCAAAGACGAGUCGUUCCUGGAGUACAUGAACAACGUCCUGUCGUCCGGAGAGGUUUCCAACUUGUUUGCUCGUGAUGAGAUGGACGAGAUCCUCAGUGACCUCAUCCCCGUCAUGAAGCGAGAGUUUCCCCGGCGGCCGCCCACCAACGAGAACCUGCACGAGUACUUCAUGAGCAGAGUGAGGCAGAACCUGCACGUGGUGCUGUGCUUCUCACCAGUGGGAGAGAAGUUCCGCAAGCGAGCCAUGAAGUUCCCCGCCCUCAUCUCGGGAUGCACCAUGGACUGGUUCAGCCGCUGGCCCAAAGACGCUCUCGUCGCAGUCUCAGAGCACUUCUUGUCGUCCUAUGACAUCGACUGCACCCCUCAAGUGAAAGGGGAAGUGGUUCAGUGCAUGGGUUCCUUCCAGGACGGUGUGGCUGAAAAGUGUGUGGACUACUUUCAGAGAUAUCGUCGCUCGACCCACGUCACCCCCAUGUCCUACCUCUCCUUCAUCCAGGGCUACAAGGCCAUCUACAAGGAGAAGCACUUAGAAGUUCAAACUCUGGCCAACCGGAUGAAUACAGGCCUCCAGAAGCUGAAAGAAGCCUCUGAGUCCGUCGCUGCUCUCAGCAAAGAGCUAGAGGUGAAGGAGAAGGAGCUGCAAAUUGCCAACGAGAAGGCUGACAUGGUGCUGAAAGAAGUUACGGUGAAAGCUCAUGCAGCUGAAAAGGUGAAAAUCGAGGUGCAGAAGGUUAAAGACAAGGCCCAGGCCAUUGUUGACAGCAUCUCAGCGGACAAGGCCAUUGCCAAGGAGAAGCUGGAGGCGGCCAAGCCGGCGCUGGAGGAGGCAGAGGCAGCGCUGCAGACAAUCAAGCCGUCAGACAUCGCCACAGUGCGUACUCUGGCCAGGCCACCUCACCUGAUUAUGCGCAUCAUGGACUGCGUGCUGCUGCUCUUUCAGAGGAGGCUGAACGCAGUGAAGAUCGACCCAGAGAAAAACUGCAUCACGCCCUCCUGGCAAGAGUCGCUCAAGCUCAUGACGGCCGGGAACUUCCUGGGGAGUCUUCAGCAAUUUCCCAAAGACACCAUCAACGAGGAGGUGGUGGAGCUCCUCACCCCUUACUUUGACAUGCCUGACUACAACAUUGAGACGGCCAAGCGGGUGUGCGGCAACGUGGCGGGGCUCUGCUCCUGGACCAAAGCCAUGGCCACCUUCUUCUCCAUCAACAGAGAAGUUCUGCCUUUGAAGGCUAACCUUGUGGUGCAGGAGAACAGACUGGCCAUUGCACAUGCGGAUCUGCAGAAGGCCCAGGCAGAGCUGGAUGCCAAGCAGGCCGAGCUGGAUGUGGUGCAGGCAGAGUACGAGAAGGCAGUGACAGAAAAGCAGAUGCUGCUGGAGGAUGCAGAACGCUGCAGACACAAGAUGCAGACAGCCUCCAGCCUGAUCAGCGGACUGGCAGGAGAAAAGGCUCGCUGGACUGAGCAAAGCAAGGAGUUCGCUGCUCAGACCAAGAGACUUGUUGGGGAUGUGCUACUCGCCACCGCCUUUCUGUCCUACUCCGGCCCCUUCAACCAGGAGUUCCGUAACCUUCUGCUCAGUGACUGGCAGAAAGAGAUGAGGGCCCGGUGUAUUCCCUUCGGGAUCAAUCUCAACCUGACCGAGAUGUUGAUUGACGCGCCGACGGUGAGCGAGUGGAACCUCCAGGGACUGCCUAACGACGACCUGUCCAUUCAGAACGGGAUAAUAGUGACAAAAGCUGCUCGCUUCCCACUGCUCAUCGACCCACAGACUCAGGGCAAGAUCUGGAUCCGGAAUAAGGAGGCCAAGAACGAGCUUCAGAUUACUUCGCUGAAUCACAAGUACUUCAGGAACCAUCUAGAAGACAGCCUGUCUCUAGGACGCCCCCUGCUGAUUGAGGAUGUGGGCGAGGAGCUGGAUCCUGCUCUGGACAACGUCCUGGAGAAGAACUUCAUCAAGACUGGCUCUACGUAUAAGGUGAAAGUGGGCGAUAAGGAGGUGGACGUUAUGAAGGGGUUCCGGCUGUAUGUGACCACAAAGCUGCCCAACCCGGCGUACACCCCAGAGAUCAGCGCCCGCACCUCCAUCAUCGACUUCACCGUCACCAUGCGUGGCCUGGAAGACCAGCUGCUGGGCAGGGUCAUCCUCACUGAGAAACAGGAGCUGGAGAAGGACCGCAUGGACCUGGUCGAGGACGUGAUGGCCAACAAGCGCAAGAUGAAGGAGUUGGAGGACAGUCUGCUCUACAGGUUGACCAGCACCAAGGGUUCGCUGGUGGAUGAUGAGAGUCUGAUUGUUGUGCUGAGCAACACCAAACGCACCGCCGAGGAAGUUACCCAGAAACUCCAGAUAGCUGCUGAGACCGAGGUCAAAAUCAAUGCAGCACGAGAGGAGUACCGACCCGUUGCAACCAGAGGCAGUAUCCUGUACUUCCUGAUCACAGAGAUGAGCAUGGUGAACGUGAUGUACCAGACCUCUCUGCGCCAGUUCCUGGGCCUGUUCGACCUGUCGCUGGCCAGGUCCUCAAAGAGUCCAAUUACAAGCAAGCGGAUUGGCAACAUCAUUGAGCACAUGACUUACGAGGUGCACAAUUAUGCAGCCAGAGGCCUGUAUGAGGAGCACAAGUUCCUGUUCACCCUCCUGCUUACACUCAAGAUUGACAUGCAGAGCAAUCGCGUCAAACACGAAGAGUUCCUGACCCUAAUCAAAGGUGGAGCCUCUCUGGAUCUGAAAGCCUGCCCACCCAAGCCAUCUAAGUGGAUUCCGGACAUGACCUGGCUCAACCUGGUGGAGCUCAGCAAACUGUGGCAGUUCUCUGACAUCCUGGAUCAGAUCGGCCGUCACGAGAAGCAGUGGAGGAGCUGGUUUGAUAAGGAGGCUCCAGAGGAGGAGGUCAUCCCUAACGCUUAUGAUCAGUCCCUGGACUGCUUCAAACGUCUGCUGCUGAUCCGCUCUUGGUGUCCAGACAGAACCAUUGCCCAGGCUCGUAAAUACAUUGUGGACUCAAUGGGAGAGAGAUAUGCAGAGGGUGUGAUUUUGGACCUGGAGAGGACAUGGGAGGAGUCAGACCCACGCACACCCAUCAUCUGCUUAUUGUCUAUGGGCUCGGACCCUACAGACAUCAUCAUCGCCCUGGGAAAGAGGCAGAAGGUGGAGACGGCUUACGUGUCCAUGGGGCAGGGUCAGGAAGUGCAUGCACGCAAACUACUACAGCAGUUCAUGGCUAACGGCGGCUGGGCUCUGCUACAGAACUGUCACCUGGGCCUGGACUUCUUGGACGAGCUGAUGGACACUGUGACUGAGACUGACAGCAUCCACGAGAGCUUCCGCCUCUGGAUCACCACUGAAACACACCGCAACUUCCCCAUUACACUCCUGCAGAUGUCCAUCAAGUUUACAAAUGAGCCUCCGCAGGGUUUAAAGGCUGGUCUCAAGAGGACAUAUCAAGGGAUUAAUCAGGAGCUGCUGGAUGUGAGUAACAUGGUGCAGUGGAGACCCAUGCUCUACAGCGUGGCCUUCCUGCACUCUACAGUUCAGGAGAGGCGUAAGUAUGGACCACUGGGCUGGAGCAUCCCAUACGAGUUCAACCAGGCUGACUUCAACGCCACUGUCCAGUUUGUGCAGAACCACCUGGAUGACAUGGACAUGAAGAGGGGAGUGUCCUGGACCACCGUCCGCUACAUGAUUGGUGAGAUACAGUAUGGGGGCAGAGUAACUGAUGACUACGACAAGCGUCUCUUGAACACUUUUGCCAAGGUUUGGUUCAGCGAGACCAUGUUCAACCAUGAAUUCCAGUUCUACAAGGACUACCACAUCCCCAGAUGCACCAGCGUGGAUCAGCAUCUGCAGUACAUACAGGGGCUUCCAGCAUAUGACACCCCUGAGGUGUUUGGCCUCCACCCCAAUGCUGACAUCACCUACCAAAGCAAGCUGGCCAAGGACGUCCUGGACACCAUUCUCAGCAUACAGCCCAAAGACAGCUCCAGUGGAGGAGGAGAGACCCGCGAGGCGGCAGUGGGCCGUCUGGCUGAUGACAUGCUGGAGAAGCUGCCACCAGACUAUAGUCCAUUUGAGGUGAUGAAGAGGCUAGAGACGAUGGGUCGCCUGGAGCCCAUGAACAUCUUCCUGAGGCAGGAGAUUGACCGCAUGCAGCGAGUGCUGGCGCUAGUGAGGAGCACGCUUACUGACCUGAAGUUGGCCAUCGACGGCACUAUAGUCAUGAGUGAGAACCUGCGUGAUGCUCUGGACUGCAUGUACGAUGCCCGCAUUCCAGCACGCUGGAAAAAGGCCUCAUGGGCCUCCAGUACUCUGGGCUUCUGGUUCACGGAGCUUUUGGAGCGAAACCAGCAGUUUCAGGCCUGGAUCUUUGAGGGGCGACCAAACUGCUUCUGGAUGACGGGUUUCUUCAACCCACAGGGCUUUCUGACAGCCAUGAGACAGGAGAUCACUCGAGCAAACAAAGGCUGGGCUCUGGACCGGAUGGUGCUGUGUAACGAGGUGACAAGGUGGAUGAAGGAUGACAUCACUCAGCCGCCGCAGGAAGGUGUGUAUGUGUACGGCUUAUACCUGGAGGGCGCAGGCUGGGACCGGCGGAACUGCAGACUGGUGGAUUCUAAGCCCAAAGUGCUGUUUGAGAUGAUGCCUGUGGUCCGGAUGUAUGCUGAGAAUAAUGGUGUGAAGGAUUCCCGCCUUUACUCCUGCCCCAUAUAUAAGAAACCUGCGAGGACCGAUCAGAACAUCAUUGCAGCUGUAGACCUCAGAACCAGCCAGCGCCCUGAGUACUGGAUACUGCGAGGAGUGGCGCUCCUGUGUGAUGUAAAGUAAUCUUAAAUCAUAAAAUCAAAAAAUUCUAUUUUAUCUGUUCAAAAUAUUCAGUAUUUUUAGUUACCUAGAUAUUUUAGACCUUUAGUUACACAUGAAGCAUCAAAUAAAAAAUAAAUCUAUUUUCUCUGUUUAAAUCUUUUCUAUUACAUCAGCUCUAUUAAAUAAACUCGUCCAUAACAGUAACUGUUA